AUGCUAUAAUAAAAAUUAAUAAUUUAGAUUCAUAAAUAUUUAUUUACAAAUAAAAUUUUUUACAGUUAAUUCAAUUAGCUCAAAAACUAAUAUAGUUUUGCUUUUGAUUCAAAUGUUAUUUUUUAGAUUAAUUAAAAAUUGGCGUACACAAUCGACAUUAAAUCUGUUCUAUCAAAUCCAUCGUUAACACUUUUUUUAACCAAAAAUUAAAUCGUGGCCAGUCAUUCCACUUUUCCAAUACCUUCAAUAAGGAAAGUGAUGCUUCCCUCAAGGACAUGUUACCAAAUCUAACCGCUCAUCAUGCUCUUUUCUAAUAAAGAAUUCUUGACAUCCCAAAAUAAUACCUAGGUUUUUUUUCAGCCUUUUCUGAUACCGAUCUAUUCGUUAAUAGCAAAGCACAGAUUGAAGAAACUCUCAACUAAAUUUAUACCCCUCUCCUGGCUACAAGUUUCUCCCCUAAAACUCAGACUCAGUGAUUUUAAUAAAUUAGCACCAUUCCUACGCCCAUCCUAGACGCAUUAUGAGGAUUGAGGAUUUUUGAUUGGUUGAACGUUCCAUCAAAUACUCCCUUUCGAACAUACAACCUAAGAAUAUCCCCAAUUUUAAAUUCGCAAACAUAGAUAUUCGAUGCGAAUAGUUGGAAACAAUUCCGAACCAAAUUCACGGUCUUCACCUUUCUGCAAAUUAAUUUAGAAUAUUCAUUAGGUCCCGUACGGGUUAUAACGUAACAGUCUUCUCCUAUACAUUCUCCCUCUAUUACAUUCAGAUUGAAAACCCAUGCUGCUUAGAACUCUGAAGUCUCAGCACAAGACUGUAAUCAAAUCGAUUGAAACGUAUCCCCUGGUAUAUGGGUUUGCCUCUUGCAUAUAGUUUCUUAAAGUUACAGGAAGGAAAAUAUCUACACUCUCCGAUGACCUCAAUGAGUUUUUUUUAUCUCCGCUUGGCUUUGAGAAUCGCUGCACAAAUUCCUUAUCAACUCACGGUUCCAUAUGGUUUUAGAAGAAGGAAAAAAAAUUUAAUAUUGUGCUAUUUGUUAUUUUUAAAAUAUUGUAAAAUUUUUUCCUGAAUGCUCUCAUUCGGACUUUUUCCAAGACUUACAAGCCAAAUCAGGUCCACAUUGCUAGAAUGUAACGAAUAGCUGCGAUACAUUUUACGAAAAAUACAAGCAACGAUACAAAUAAUGUUCGUAUUUCCUUUUCCUUAUUAUUCGCAUACCUUUUCUUAUUUUUAAGAAAAGAUACCAAAUUUAUACAUAAAUAAUUUUUUAUUCAUAUUACAUAUUAUAAAAUGUAUUGAUUUAAAAAAUGGAUAAAUAUAAAAAUUAAUAUGAAACAUUUUUUUUUAUUAAAAAAAAAAUUAUUUUUUAAAACUAAGUAAAGAUUCCCUUCUCUUUAUUUUAAAGUUCAGUUAUAAAAAAAAAAAAUCCAAUUAAGAUAUUUUCUUAUUAUUUAUCCCUAAUAUUUUCUAAAUAUUGGUCAUAAAAAUAUUCCAAAGAAAAAAUCAAAUAUAUUAUCUAACAAAUUAUCAAAUUUUCUUUUAAUUAUAUUUAAAAAUAAUAGCAAUAAAAAAUGUAGAUUAGUAAAAAUAAAAAAAUAAAUUACCAGUAUAAUGAUUAUAUGAAUUUUUUUUAUUAUGAUAGUUUCUAAUGUUUAUCAGAUGUACACCGAUUUUUAUUACAUUAAAUUUAAGUGCGAAAUUUUAUUCGAUUCUAUAUAAUAAAUAGUAAUACCUUUCUUGGGGAAAUUGAUGGAAAUGUUUUUCUCUAUACCAUUCUCCUUCUAUUUCAUAUCUUUAGUUACUCCUGGAAAAUUCGACGAAACGGAAUACAGAUUAAUUCGAUAUUUGAUGAGUGAUUAUGACAAACACAUAAGACCUUCGGUUAGAGCUACCUUACCUAUCAACGUUUCUUUUGGAUUAUCGUUGACUCAAAUUAUAAAUGUGGAUGAAAGAAAUCAAGUUUUGACGACAAGUUGCUGGUUAAAUCAAGCCUGGAUUGAUUUCAAACUACGUUGGGAUCCGAGAGAAUUUGGUAACAUCUCGGUUAUCAGAUUACCCGAAGAUGCCAUCUGGAAACCUGAUAUCAUUCUAUAUAACAAUUUGGACCAAAAUUACAAGAACGCUAUCCUCUCCACUUACGCUAUAGUGAGCUCCGAUGGCAACGUUACCCUACUAUCCGCUAUAAUAUUGCAUAGCUCGUGCAGGAUAAGCGUGAGAUAUUUCCCUUUCGACGAACAAAAUUGCUCCAUGAAAUUCGCCUCCUGGACUUACGACGGCUAUCAAAUUAACUUGAUUCAACCGUCGGAAGAAGCUGACCUUUCCAAUUACGUUCCCAAUGGAGAAUGGGAAUUGUUGAGCUUGAGUGUAAUGAGAAACGUAGUUUUUUACUCUUGUUGCUUAGAGCCUUAUCCCGAUCUAACUUACCAAGUACGACUCAGAAGAAGGCCACUUUUUUAUAUAUUUAACUUCGUAUUACCUUGCGUGCUUAUAACAGCUAUCGCUUUAUUAGGCUUUUACAUGCCUAGCGAUUCUGGAGAAAAAGUUACCUUGGGCAUUACUACGCUACUUUCUAUGACUGUUUUUAUGAUGUUAGUAGCUGAAAGUAUGCCUCCGACAUCCGAAGAAUUACCUUUAAUAGGAAUCUAUUAUGGAGUUACGAUAAUUAUUGUUUCAUUAGCUACUGGGAUGACCGUAUUUACAUUAAAUUUACAUCAUCAAGGAUUCAGAGGGAAAAAAGUUCCGCCACUUUUGAGGCGCAUUGCUUUUCUUUACCUGGCCAAAAUCAUAUUUUUUAGAUUCGAUCUUAAAAAUGACAUUCCUUAUAAGAAAUUGAAAAAACAACGAACCUAUGAUUCUCCCGAAUUAUCAGAGGCUAACAAAAUAGAUUAUUUCAAAAGUUUUUCCGACUUUAUUACACCUCAAACUCCCAAUAACUACUGUAAAUACAUUUACAAUGAUUAUUCAACCCCUGUUAAGGGUGAAGGCAAGACAACAAGUUCAAAAGAAAUGGCUAGUGAAGAUUCAACUGCAUUUAUCGAGAAAAAAAACUUGCAAAAAUUGGCCGCAAAAUAUCACAAUGUUUUACCAUUGUCAAACAUAAUAUACAAUAACAAGCCAAACGGCAUCGUUAUGGGAAGGACAGAUAUAACAAAUAUUUCAGAGUAUAUUGAGAAAGAGGCGCAUAACGUUGAAAAAUCUAAGCCCUUUCAAUUUUUGGAUUUAAGCAAUAAUUAUAAAAUGAACCAAGAAACGCUGCAAAUUCUUAAUGAAACGUUGCCCCGCAACAGAAUUAAGCAUUAUAUAAGAGACGAAAAAAAUGUAGAGAAAAGGGAGGAGGCGAAGAAAUCUAGCUUAGACAUUGAUACAAAUAAUGAUUCGUGCUAUAGAGAAAGCUGUUUUAACGCACCUAGAAGUGAAGUGGAAAUUAGAUUUUUGCUCGUUUUGGAAAAAAUCCACUCAAUGAUGGAUAAACACGAGAUGCGAAUCCUUGAACAGGAUGAAAAAGAUAAAAUUAAAGAGGAAUGGAUGCAAAUAGCACUUAUAAUGGAUAGAAUCUUGCUUUUACUGUUUGUCACAUUCACUAUAAUAAUAUCUUUCAUGAUAAUUUACUCCUCGCCGUAUUCCAAAAUGCGUUUAUAUUUGGAUGCGAAAUUCGGUGAUGCGAACAACAAAACGCUAAGCUCAAACCAUUUCUAAAUUCAUCCUUUUUUGAGUUUGUACGUUUCAAAAUUAUAUAUGAUUAACUUAAUUGUGAAAAAAAGAAAUAAGUGA